AGCGCGGGAUAGGGUGAAGCAGAGGGCCAGAGAGCGAGGUGCCGUCUGAAGCCACGGUCGCACGCUCUUGUUUUCCUCUCUCUCACUCUCUCACUCACUCCCACACACGCCACACGCCUCCCCACACAACCUCCGCCCCGCCCCGCCCUCGCCAGCCCUCGAGAACCAUGAAGACGUCGCUGUUACUGGUCCUAGGGCUUCUCUGCCUAGCCGCUGCGAAGCCCCACAAUGAGGGGAAGAGGAACCACCAGCCGAAGAGGACACGGGAACACAAGCUAACGAACCGGAUGGAACAUGACCACCAUCGCCGCGAGCACGUGCAGCCCCACAAGACGGAGGCCCACCACGGGAAGAAAGCCCAAGCCCGCCGCCCUGUAGCCCCCGCCGCCGCUAACCCCGCCCAGGGACAGCACGAGAUCAAGAAGGACCUCCACCUGCAGCACAUCACCGAGCAUAACAUCGAGAAGAAACACGACGAUAAGCAGUGGGUGAGGGAAGCCACCACAGCAGGGAAACACCAUCUACUGACAAACCGCGUGCCGAGUGGUGACAAUACCCACUUACUGACCAACCGCACCCCGCAGGUCCCCUCCUCCUCCUCCUCCUCCUCCUCUUCCUCCUCCUCCGCCUCCUCUUCCUCCUCUUCCCCCUCCUCCCCCGCCCCCUCUUCCACCACCCCCGGCUCCCCAAACAAUAGUGACAACAAUAACAACACGAAGACUAAGGUGGACGGCAUCCCAAUGGAGUCUGAGCGUCUGAUCCAUGUCACCCCACGCCCUCCAAAGGCCCACAAGGUAAACAAACCCCUGCACCGCCCUGCCUCCCCUGCCGCAGCCCAGCCCUCGCCCGCUGCCCAGCCCGGAGCCCCCGCCAACAAGGGAAAGGCCCACAAGCCCCCCAAGAAGUUCAGCACCAAGAAACACGGGUGGAAGAAGAACAUGCGCAAGGAGAAGGCCAAGGACAAGGUGAAGGAGAAGAGGGAGAGGAGGGAAAAGAGGAAUAAGGCUCUCCACCGCGCCAUCGCAGCCAGGCAACUCUAAGGCCCAGGUUUCGAACGCUGAAUAGUGAUGAUGGUGGUGGUGGUGGUGGUGGUGAGUGUUCUGGAGUUGUGAUGGUGUUGUAUGUGGUGAUGGAUUGCUAUUUAUUUUGAGAUGACUUGUGUAUUUAGACGUUUUUGUGACUGCCAAUACACACAAACACACACACACACAUGCAUAUGGAUACACAGGAUUUGAUUAGUUCAUUUUGCUAAAAAGGUGUUCUAAUACAAAAUAUAAGUUAUCACCAAAAGUCAAGGCAACAUCACACAAGACAGUAUUAACUUUGCCAGCAGUAUUAAUAUAAUUGCUCAUAAUUUACACACACACACACACACACACACACACACACACACACACACACACACACACACACACACACACAUCAUCAUAAUAUGAAGGAAAAACCCAAACAUGAAUUAACAACACACAAACACAUAUCUCUAACCAAACCCAACUUUAUAACAUGAAAAAGAACCAAAGACAGUUCCUCAAAAACACACACACACACACACACACACACACACACACACACACACACACACACACACACACACACACACAAGCUUAUUACCAAUACUUGGGUACUUAUAAAACAAAGUUAGAAAACUGUCUAGAAAUAAUCUAUAUAGUACAUACAUAUUACCCUGUGUUUUAUAGAAGGAAGAACAGUACUACUGAUAAUUUCUCAUAUGCCAAAAGUACAGGAGGUGAGAUUUGCCAGUUUACUUCAUCUAUAGAAUUAAAAAAAAAUAAUUCACCAGUCAGCUAUGCAUCAACACAAUCACGAACUGAGGCUGCGAAGGAUACACCUCAAGUUAAUGAUACACUAGAGGAAGCAUAACGCACUUUUAUAUGUAUACAAACACACACACGUAAACUCCUGUGUAAUUGAUAUUUAUAUUCUCCUACGAACCUAACCUUGCAUACAUAAAUGAGUACGUACGUAGCAUUCCAAGUACCACUAAGUAUGUGAUUAAUGGCUAAUAACUACUUAAACUAAUUAUUAUUAUACUAACUACUAUUCUAUUAUCCCUGCCAAACCAGUAUGCUUUUUUUCUCAACAUGAAUAUAUAAUAGACAUGAAUUAGAGAGAAAGAGGGAGAAAUAAGUGUAGUUAUGUACCAGCCAUAGUACAGUUAUUCAUUAGUCAUUGUACUUUGAUUCUCUCAGCGGUAAUCUUUAGAGUAGGAAUGAGAGAGAGAGAGAGAGAGAGAGAGAGAGAGAGAGAGAGAGAGAGAGAGAGAGAGAGAGAGAGAGAGAGAGAGAGAGAGAGAGAGAGAGAGAGAGAGAGAGAGAGAGAGAGAGCAUGAUUUGACAUAGAAAAAAAAAUCAUCAGAUACUAAAGAAAACAAAACUCUGUCUUGAAAGUUGACUGUAAUCAUAAGAAGUGAAAGAAAAGCCACAGUAAAUUAUAUAUGAAAAAAAAAGUAUAUCAAAAGUCAUCUUUGAUUACAUUAGAGAGAAAGAAAGAGUAAUGUAACUUAGGUGUCUUUUCAGUAUUGUUAUAAGUGGAGGAGAUAGACAAUGGCAGACAGACAAAUAUAUGUGAUGCAUUGUCCUGGAUAUCAUCAUUGUAUGGGUGGCAGAGAGAGAGAGAGAGAGAGAGAGAGAGAGAGAGAGAGAGAGAGAGAGAGAGAGAGAGAGGAGAGAGAGAGAGAGAGAGAGAGAGAGAGAGAGAGAGAGAGAGAGAGAGAGGAGAGAGAGAGAGAGAGAGAGAGAGAGAGAGAGAGAGAAUGAAAUAGUCAGGUGUCUCAGAAUAGAAAUCAACAGAAUAUUAGGUAAUCAAUUCAAUGGUCAGAAAACCAGAGGAAUACAAGAGGUGAUGUAGAUGGCUUUCAAAAUGGGGACAGAAAUACACAGAAAAAAGAAUAAUUAACAGUGAAGUAGCCAAACUCCACAACACACUUAGAAGAGGCAGUCAAUUCCAGGGCACUACAAAUGUUCUCCAGCUGCCUUGGGUCCUCAGUGGGAGAUCCAAAUAGUUAGUGGGAGACUUGGAUAACCCAGUAUAUUAGCUUAGCUGUAGGAUGGACGGCUAUCCACUUGAUGUGUGGGUGUGUGUACUGUAUAUUAUCAUUAUUAUUAUCCAGCCUCAGCUUCAUCUGUGCUAGUGUUUGAAUCAAGACAAUGCCCGCCCCUCCUCUGCUGUUCAAUUAAGGCUUGGUGCCCUGAUCCCCCUGCUGUUGUUUUCAUAGAGAAAACAGUCUCCUGCCUCUUCCUGGUGACACUCCCUUGACUUAACCCUCCCUUGAGGCCUUCAGUCACACCCAAACAUGAAACACAGACUUGCUACAUUUACUCAAACACAUUCAGACUCUUUAGAAGCUCAAAAUUAUCUGGCAAAUUUAAGGCACUUAACUUUUACCUCUCUCAGGCCAGUGUCCAUUAAAGUACUAAUUCAACGGCCACUGGCAACUAGAAUUAAGGACAGGUCUCUGUGCGUUCACCACAGUGUAUGUGGUCUUGCUUGUGUGUAAUUCUUAUGCUGCCAACAGAAGGCUCAUGGUGGGUACAAGUGAAGGGUAUUCUUAUUGAUUUGUAUUUCCUGUUGCAUUAAAAGCUCAGUAACAGCCUGCCUCCCCCUCCCUCCUGAUGCUCCUGUCCUCUGCAGCACUGCGCUCUGGGUUCAAUUCACUUUCAGCUCUCUCACGUCAAAAGUUUUGGAGCAAUAAAGUCUUUCAAUACA